AUGGACAAUCCCCAGUACACGCUUGAUACGCCUGAUGAAUUGACCUUUGAGAGGGCCUUUUACAUUGGUUCAUACCUCACGGCGAUACUCUAUGGCAUGCACGUUUCGAUAUUUUUCUUGACCAACUACUUUUUUCUUGCCUCUCCCAACUGGCGCAAGGAGUCGGCGUUCUACAUCGCCUACGGGACGGUUAUGCUGCUUCUCUGGACUAUAGCACAUAGCUGCAAUGCUAUCUUCGGGCAAUAUGUUUGGAUCGACCACCGUGAUGUGGUUGGAGGACCGGCUGAAUAUCUUGGAGAGAACAUGACGGCUUGGUAUAACACUCUUGGAACUGUCGCUGGAAUUUGCAUGAACUUCAUGGCGGACGGCCUUCUGCUCUACCGUUGCUUCGUCAUCUGGGGUUCGUCAUACAUCAUCAUUGCCUUUCCUGUCGUCGUCUACUUCAGCGCAAUGUCAAUGGCGAUCUUGCUCAUAUACCAGAGCGCAAUUCCCGCUGGCACCGGCUUCUUUUCUGGCAGUUCCAUCUCGUUCGGAUUGCCUUAUACUGUCCUUACAGUCGGCCUGAACGUCAUCACGACCAUUGCUAUCUGCGUGCGCUUGCUGUUUGUUCGCCGUAAAGUUCGCGCUAUAUUGGGCGAACAGCACUGUCAGACUUAUACGGGUGUCGUCGCUUGCUUACUUGAAUCUGCUUUGCCAUUCACCACGCUCGGAAUCAUUUACGCUAUUGCUUAUGGUCGUAAUUCGCCUUAUGCCUUCGCACUCCUCCAGGUCUGGGCCGAUUUUUGUGCCAUCAGCCCCCAACUCAUCAUCCUCCGUGUCGCACUGGGGAAGGCAUGGUCCAAACAAACUGUCGCUACAGUCUCCGUUCUUGUGUUCGACCAUCGCCGUGCUGUCGUUGAUACAGAAAAGGCGCAGUACCGCCACGACACUGAAUUGGACAUUGGCUUACCUCAAGAGCUGAGUCGUACGACUGACCUCACGUCCUCCGCGACCAAUUCGACGUCGAGUACCAAGGAUCUUGCACGUGGAAUUGCUAUAUAA